GAGGGCCGGGGGAGAUGCUGAGAAUGGAUGUGGGAUGGGAAGCUUGUCAUGAAGAGUCCUUCAACUUCAUGGGAAGACCGACUCUUUCUAAGCUGCUGCACUAGAGCGGGAAAUCCAGAUCACCCUACCAAGCCCCUGGUCCCCAACUCCAGCCUCAAGAACAAACUGCGCACAAUCCAUAACAUGCCCAGCUUCCUUCCCCACAAGCAGGGAGAAGCCGUGCUGACCCUGGGACUCAGCUGUGUUCCCCUCCGUGCUCAGCUGACUUCCUGGCCUCUAUCCCUGAGUCAUGUUCCUUAAUUCUUUUGCGCUUAGUCUUGCUAUUCUGUUUCCACCCACCUCUCCCUUACCUUUCAUCCUCUUGUCUCUUCCUUGAUUUCCACUGUCAUCUCUCACACCUGUUCCCCCUCCUAGUCCAGUAGCCUCUCCGCUCCCUCCCCACCUGUUCCUUCCACCUGCCGCCUGUUCCUCCCUCUGUUUCAUCUACUGGUUCCCUGAAGCAGGUUCCCUCUGCCUGCCUCUGGUUUCCGCAGCCGCCCAUUCUCCCCGCCUGCCUCAGCCCCUGCCCUCCCCUAUGGCCUCGGUUCUCUCUUCAGCCCCUGCGAACACAAGCAAACCCGUUCGACGGGCCUCCCUGCGUUCUGGGGAGGAGUUGUCAUGGCAACAAGAGUGCGGCUGCCACCUGACACCAUUGGCUGCGGCUGUCGUGGGGCUGAGUCACCCACACACCCCAAGGCCACCCACCCUUUUGGUUUCCCUCCUCCAUGCCACCCUUGUCUUUUCCACUGACCUGCUGGCCUCCCAGCCCAGUGCAGUGGGAGAGGUCACAGCUACUCCUUCCUGAGAGGUGGUGCUCCCAGCAUGGGUGGGGUGGCCUCCUAUAAGAAGGGAGACACUGAGGGGGUGGUUCCCAAACUUGGCCGCACUUUUUACAGGAUCACCCACGGAUGUUUUCACAAAUAUAGGUUCUCAAACCCCUUUCUGGACACACCAAAUUAGAAUCUUUGGACCUAAGGUCCAGGAAUCGGAAUUUUUAAGCUCUCCAGGUAAUUCUUUUCAGCCAGCCCAACACCAUUCUGAGGAUCCCCAUGUGGUAGCCAUUGCUUCUGGGGGUCCCUUAUCAACUUCUGCUGGGCCUCCCUGUCCUUCCCGUUAGGUCUACACGCUGGCUUGUGAAAUACUCAUAUUGCUGUUUCUAUAGAUGAGAGAAGGCAGAAGACAUGGGUUAUGGAGAAUCUCACCUCUCUGGGGGAAAGUUUCCCUGGUACCCUGAUUUUGGAUAAGAGUAGCUUCUAGAAUGGUCAUGAUGUCUGUGUGCACAUGACACGUGAUACCCAGGACUGUUGCAAUGUUUGUACAUGCGACAUAUGCCACCUAUGCUGUCAAUAGGUGUUUAUCUCCACUACUAAACGGGGCUCUCCUGAGGAGGUGUCGCUGUAUGGGCUUUGCCUAGCACUGCGCCUCGCACCGGUAGGUGCCAAAUAAAUACUGAAUGAAGGAAGAUGGGAGAAGGGCAAGAGUAGCUUGUAAGUGACAAGGGCUGAAGCCCAUAGAAAGGUAGGAAGGAAAUCGGGUAGAUGUGCCCGGCAGUGGGUGUACUGGGGGCCUGGGAUGGCCUGGCCGAGGAGGGCCUGAUGGGCCCCAUGGCAGGGAAGGAGCUGAUACUGGAGGUGAGGAUGACAAACAAGUGAGGAAGAUAACAACACCUAUCUCACAAAUGAAGGAAUGUAAGCAAACACCUAGCACAGUGCCUGGCUAGUACUACUGAGCUGGCUUUGCCCCUUCAAGGAUUUCUCUUUCUCUGCUCCCUGAGCUGGGGAUCAAAGCCCACAUCCUGAAGGGGGACCUCCCAGAGUCACAGAGAGGGGGCAUCCUCAUCACACCUGCAGACCUUGGGAAAGCAGGACUUUGCUUCGGGGGCCUCUCCCUCGGGUCUUGUGUACUCGGAGGCAACUCGGGGCCAGACGCGCAGGUCUCUAAGGCGCCGGCAGUUGCCUCCUGCGGCCCGCGGGGCCUGGCCCUGCCCCAGCCGGAAAGCUCCGCCUCCCACCCCUCCCCCGUCACUGUCCGACCUGUUUGUCUGGAGCUGCCUCCGUCUCCUCUCGCCGCAGCCAGGUGUGUUCUGACGACGGGUCCCGCAGCUCGGGGCUCAGACGUCCCGUGACUCCUUUUUCCCAGUCCUCGAAACUUCCACCGUCCUUGAGGCACACCCCCUGCCACCCGGGGACCCCAGGCUCGCGGGAUCCCAGGCUCGAGGGGGAGCCGACCCUCGGCGCCCCGCCACGGCGCGGGCAGAGCAUGGACGCUGGGCCCCGGGAGAGUGAGAGGCAGCAGCAUCAUGAACGGGCACGGAGUGAGCAGGGCGCACGGGCACGGCCUGAACGGGGCCGGCGAGUUUUACUACGAGGCUGUGGAAGAGGUUCAGAGCCCCGGGGGCCUCCCGCUCUCGCCGGCUGCCUUCAUCAGCCCGGCUCAAUACACCAGCAUGCUGGAGGGACGCUUCAAGCAGCUUCAAGAUGAGCGAGAAGCUGUGCAGAAGAAAACCUUCACCAAGUGGGUCAACUCUCACCUGGCCCGGGUGACAUGCCGGGUGGGAGACCUGUACAGCGACCUCCGGGAUGGACGUAACCUCCUGAGGCUCCUCGAGGUGCUCUCGGGAGAGACACUGCCAAAGCCCACAAAGGGCCGCAUGCGGAUCCACUGCCUGGAGAAUGUGGACAAGGCGCUGCAGUUCCUGAAGGAGCAAAAAGUGCACCUGGAAAAUGUGGGCUCGCAUGACAUUGUGGACGGGAACCACCGCCUGACCCUCGGGCUGGUGUGGACCAUCAUCCUUCGAUUCCAGAUCCAAGACAUAAGUGUGGAAACAGAAGACAAUAAGGAGAAGAAGUCAGCCAAGGAUGCCCUGCUGCUGUGGUGCCAGAUGAAGACCGCGGGGUACCCCAAUGUCAACGUGCACAACUUCACCACCAGCUGGAGAGAUGGGCUGGCCUUCAACGCCAUUGUACAUAAACACCGGCCAGACCUGCUGGAUUUUGAGUCCCUGAAGAAGUGUAAUGCACAUUACAAUCUGCAGAACGCUUUCAAUCUGGCUGAGAAGGAGCUGGGACUUACGAAGCUGCUGGAUCCUGAAGAUGUGAAUGUGGACCAACCAGAUGAGAAAUCAAUUAUUACCUACGUGGCUACUUACUACCACUAUUUCUCCAAGAUGAAGGCCCUGGCCGUGGAAGGCAAAAGAAUUGGCAAGGUGCUGGACCACGCCAUGGAGGCCGAGCGCCUGGUGGAGAAGUAUGAGUCCCUGGCCUCAGAGCUGCUACAGUGGAUUGAGCAAACGAUCGUGACCCUCAAUGACCGGCAGCUGGCCAACUCCCUGAGUGGUGUCCAGAACCAGCUCCAGUCCUUCAAUUCCUACCGCACUGUGGAGAAGCCACCCAAGUUCACUGAGAAAGGGAACUUGGAAGUGCUGCUCUUCACCAUCCAGAGCAAGCUGCGGGCCAACAACCAGAAGGUCUACACGCCCCGCGAGGGCCGGCUCAUCUCUGACAUCAACAAGGCCUGGGAGCGGCUGGAGAAAGCUGAGCAUGAGCGUGAGCUGGCCCUGCGCACGGAGCUGAUCCGCCAGGAGAAGCUGGAGCAGCUGGCCGCCCGCUUCGACCGCAAGGCCGCCAUGCGGGAGACCUGGCUUAGCGAGAACCAGCGCCUUGUGUCCCAGGACAACUUUGGGCUGGAGCUGGCCGCCGUGGAGGCAGCAGUGCGGAAGCACGAAGCCAUCGAGACGGACAUCGUGGCCUACAGCGGCCGGGUGCAGGCGGUGGGCGCCGUGGCCGCCGAGCUGGCCGCUGAGCACUACCACGACAUCAAGCGCAUCGCCGCGCGGCAGAACAACGUGGCGCGGCUCUGGGACUUCUUGCGGCAGAUGGUGGCCGCCCGGCGGGAGCGGCUCCUCCUCAACCUGGAGCUGCAGAAGGUGUUCCAGGACCUGCUCUACCUCAUGGACUGGAUGGAAGAGAUGAAGGGCCGGCUGCAGUCCCAGGACCUGGGCAAGCAUCUGGCUGGAGUGGAGGACCUGCUGCAGCUGCACGAGCUGGUGGAAGCCGACAUUGCUGUACAGGCUGAGAGGGUGCGGGCCGUCAGCGCCUCUGCACUGCGCUUCUGCGACCCAGGAAAAGAGUACAAACCGUGCGACCCCCAGCUGGUGUUGGAGCGGGUGGCCGCCCUGGAGCAGAACUAUGAGUCGCUGUGCAAGUUGGCAGCGGCUCGGCGGGCCCGGCUGGAGGAGUCCCGGCGACUCUGGCGCUUCCUCUGGGAGGUGGGCGAGGCCGAGGCCUGGGUGCGGGAGCAGCAGCACCUGCUGGCCUCAGCAGAAACCGGCCGGGACCUGACCGGCGUCCUCCGCCUGCUCAACAAGCACACAGCCCUGCGAGGCGAGAUGAGCGGCCGGCUGGGGCCCCUGAAGCUCACCCUGGAGCAGGGCCAGCAGUUAGUGGCCGAGGGCCACCCCGGGGCGGGCCAGGCCGCCGCCCGCACCGCCGAGCUCCAGGCGCAGUGGGAGAAGCUGGAGGCCCUGGCGGAGGAGCGCGCCCAGCGGCUCGCCCAGGCCGCCAGCCUCUACCAGUUCCAGGCGGACGCAAACGACAUGGAGGCCUGGCUGGUGGACGCGCUGCGCCUGGUGUCCAGCCCCGAGCUGGGACAUGACGAGUUCUCCACGCAGGCCCUGGCCCGGCAGCAUCGGGCCCUGGAGGAAGAGAUCCGAGGCCACCGGCCCACCCUGGACACCCUGAGGGAGCAGGCCGCGGCCCUGCCUCCCGUGCUGAGCCGCACGCCUGAGGUGCAGGGCCAGCUGCCCACCCUGGAGAGGCACUACGAGGAGCUGCUGGCCCGCGCGGGGGAGCGCGCACGUGCCCUGGAGGCGGCCCUGGCGCUCUACACCAUGCUCAGCGAGGCGGGGGCCUGCGGGCUCUGGGUGGAGGAGAAGGAGCAGUGGCUAAACGGGCUCGCCCUGCCUGAGCGCCUGGAGGACCUGGAGGUCGUGCAGCAAAGGUUCGAGACCCUGGAGCCUGAAAUGAACGCCCUUGCAGCGCGAAUUACUGCUGUGAAUGACAUCGCAGAGCAGUUGCUGAAGGCCAACCCCCCGGGGAAGGACAGCAUUGUCAACACCCAGAAGCAGCUCAACCACAGGUGGCAGCAGUUUCGGUCCCUGGCGGACGGCAAGAAGGCAGCUCUGACGUCAGCCCUGAGCAUCCAGAACUACCACUUAGAGUGCACAGAGACCCAGGCCUGGAUGAGAGAAAAGACCAAGGUCAUCGAGUCCACCCAGGGCCUGGGCAAUGACCUGGCCGGGGUGCUGGCGCUGCAGCGUAAGCUGGCCGGCACCGAGAGGGACCUGGAGGCCAUCGCUGCCCGGGUGGGCGAACUGACCCGAGAGGCAAAUGCCCUGGCUGCUGGCCACCCCGCCCAAGCCCCUGCCAUCAGCGCCCGGCUUGGAGAGGUGCAAGCCGGCUGGGAGGACCUCAGGGCCACCAUGCGGCGACGAGAGGAGUCGCUGGGUGAGGCGCGGCGGCUGCAGGACUUCCUGCGCAGCUUGGAUGACUUCCAGGCCUGGCUCGGCCGCACGCAGACCUCCGUGGCCUCUGAAGAAGGGCCGGCCACCCUGCCUGAGGCAGAGGCCCUCCUGGCCCAACAUGCAGCCCUGCGGGGAGAGGUGGAGCGGGCCCGGAGCGAGUACAGCCAGCUUCGGGCCGUGGGUGAGGAGGUGACCCGGGACCAGGCCGAUCCCCAGUGCCUCUUCCUACGGCAGCGACUCGAAGCGCUGGGAACCGGCUGGGAGGAGCUGGGCCGCAUGUGGGAGAGCCGACAAGGCCGUCUUGCCCAGGCCCACGGCUUCCAGGGGUUCCUGCGGGAUGCUCGCCAGGCCGAGGGCGUGCUCAGCAGCCAGGAAUAUGUUUUGUCUCACACGGAGAUGCCGGGGACACUCCAGGCUGCUGAUGCCGCCAUUAAAAAACUGGAAGACUUCAUGAGCACCAUGGAUGCCAACGGUGAGCGGAUCCGCGGGCUCCUGGAAGCCGGGCGCCAGCUGGUGUCUGAGGGCAACAUCCAUGCCGAGAAGAUCCAAGAGAAGGCAGACUCCAUAGAGAGGAGACACAGGAAGAAUCAAGAAGCAGUGCAGCAGCUUUUGGGCCGUCUUCGGGACAACCGAGAGCGGCAGCGUUUCUUACAAGACUGUCACGAGCUGAAACUCUGGAUUGACGAGAAGAUGCUGACAGCCCAGGACGUGUCCUAUGAUGAGGCCCGCAACCUGCACACCAAGUGGCAGAAGCACCAGGCGUUCAUGGCCGAGCUGGCCGCCAACAAGGACUGGUUGGACAAGGUGGACAAGGAAGGGCGGGAGCUGACUCUGGAGAAGCCGGAGCUGAAAGCUCUGGUGUGGGAGAAGCUAGACGACCUGCACAGGCGCUGGGACGAGCUGGAGACCACCACCCAGGCCAAAGCCCGCAGCCUCUUUGAUGCCAACCGAGCUGAGCUGUUUGCCCAGAGCUGCUCUGCCCUGGAGAGCUGGCUGGAGAGCCUGCAGGCCCAGCUGCACUCCGACGACUAUGGCAAAGACCUCACCAGCGUCAACAUCCUGCUCAAGAAGCAGCAGAUGCUGGAAAGGGAGAUGGCUGUGCGAGAGAAGGAGGUGGAAGCAAUCCAGGCACAGGCAAAAGCUCUGGCCCAGGAAGACCAGGGUGCAGGGGAGGUGGAGAGGACCUCGCGGGCUGUGGAGGAGAAGUUCAGGGCCCUGUGCCAGCCCAUGAAGGAGCGUUGCCGGCGCCUGCAAGCCUCUCGCGAGCAGCACCAGUUCCACCGGGAUGUGGAGGAUGAGAUCUUGUGGGUGACAGAGCGGCUCCCCGUGGCUAGCUCCAUGGAGCAUGGCAGGGACCUGCCCAGUGUCCAGCUCCUCAUGAAGAAAAACCAGACCCUGCAGAAGGAGAUCCAGGGCCACGAGCCGCGGAUCGCGGACCUAACGGAGCGACAGCGCGCUCUGGGUGCGGCGGCAGCAGGCCCGGAGCUGGCUGAGCUACAGGAAAUGUGGAAGCGCCUGGGCCACGAGUUGGAGCUUCGAGGGAAGCGACUGGAGGAGGCCCUGCGGGCUCAGCAGUUCUACCGCGACGCCGCGGAGGCAGAGGCCUGGAUGGGCGAGCAGGAGUUACACAUGAUGGGCCAGGAGAAGGCCAAGGACGAGCUGAGUGCCCAGGCAGAGGUGAAGAAGCAUCAGGUAUUGGAACAAGCCCUGGCCGACUACGCCCAGACCAUCCACCAGCUGGCAGCCAGCAGCCAAGACAUGAUUGAUCACGAGCACCCAGAGAGCACGCGCAUAUCGAUCCGCCAAGCCCAGGUGGACAAGCUGUACGCCAGCCUGAAGGAGCUGGCGGGAGAGCGGCGGGAGCGCCUGCACGAGCACCUGCGUCUGUGCCAGCUCCGCCGGGAGCUGGACGACCUGGAGCAGUGGAUCCAGGAGCGCGAGGUGGUGGCAGCCUCGCACGAGCUGGGCCAGGACUACGAGCACGUGACUAUGCUCCGGGACAAAUUCCGAGAGUUCUCCCGGGACACGAGCACGAUCGGCCAGGAGCGCGUGGACAGCGCCAACGCCUUGGCCAACGGGCUCAUCGCCGGGGGCCACGCCGCCCGGGCCACGGUGGCUGAGUGGAAGGACAGUCUCAACGAGGCCUGGGCUGACCUGCUCGAGCUGCUGGACACGCGGGGUCAGGUGCUGGCAGCUGCACAUGAGCUGCAGCGCUUCCUGCACGGUGCACGCCAGGCCCUGGCGCGGGUGCAGCACAAGCAGCAGCAGCUUCCAGACGGGACCGGCCGGGACCUCAACGCUGCCGAGGCCCUGCAGCGCCGGCACUGUGCCUUUGAGCACGACAUCCAGGCCCUCAGCGCCCAGGCCCAGCAGGUGCAGGAUGACGGCCACCGGCUCCAGAAGGCCUACGCCGGAGACAAGGCCGAGGAGAUCGGCCGCCACAUGCAGGCCGUGGCCGAGGCCUGGGCGCAGCUUCAGGGAAGCUCUGCUGCCCGCCGCCAGCUGCUGCUGGACACCACGGACAAGUUCCGCUUCUUCAAGGCUGUCCGGGAGCUGAUGCUGUGGAUGGACGGAGUGAACCUGCAGAUGGAUGCCCAGGAGCGGCCCCGGGAUGUUUCCUCCGCAGACCUGGUCAUCAAGAACCACCAAGGCAUCAAGGCGGAGAUAGAGGCCAGGGCUGACCGCUUCUCCUCUUGCAUCGACAUGGGACAGGGGCUGCUCGCCAGGAGCCACUACGCGGCUGAGGAGAUCUCAGAGAAGCUGUCUCAGCUUCAGGCACGGCGCCAGGAGACAGCUGACAAGUGGCAGGAGAAGAUGGACUGGCUGCAGCUUGUUUUGGAGGUGCUCGUGUUUGGGAGAGACGCAGGUAUGGCGGAGGCCUGGCUGUGCAGCCAGGAGCCGUUGGUGCGAAGUGCUGAGCUGGGUUGCACAGUCGAUGAAGUCGAGAGCCUCAUCAAGCGGCACGAAGCCUUCCAGAAGUCCGCAGUGGCCUGGGAGGAGCGUUUCAGCGCACUGGAGAAGCUCACGGCGCUGGAGGAGCAGGAGAAGGAGCGGAAAAGAAAGAGGGAGGAAGAGGAACGGAGGAAACAGCCCCCUGCCCCAGAGCCCACAGCCAGUGUGCCUGAAGGGGCCCUGCUGGACAGCCAGACAGCUCCCGAUGCUACCUGGGACAGAGCCCAGCCCCGCCUGCCAGCACCCUCACAGCCAGCCAGCGUGAACGGCGUCUGCACAGAUGCGGAAGCCCCACAGCCCCUGGUGGAACAACAGAGACUUGAGCAGGGCAGCUUCCCAGAAGGGCCUGGGUCUGGUGCUGGGGACGAGGCCAAUGGGCCACGGGGAGAGAAGCCGACCCGGACACGGGGCCCGACCCCUCCUAUAAUGCCCCAGAGCAGGUCAUCCGAGUCAGCCCGGGUCGCCACCUUGCCCACCCGCGGCCCGGAGCUCUCUGCCCAAGAACAGAUGGAGGGGCUGCUGUGCCGCAAACAGGAGAUGGAGGCCUUUGGCAAGAAGGCCGCCAACAGGUCAUGGCAGAACGUGUACUGUGUCCUGCGGCGUGGGAGCCUUGGCUUUUACAAGGAUGCUAAGGCAGCCAGUGCAGGAGUGCCGUACCACGGAGAAGUGCCUGUCAGCCUGGCCAGAGCCCAGGGCAGCGUUGCCUUUGAUUAUCGAAAGCGCAAGCAUGUCUUCAAGCUGGGCUUACAGGAUGGGAAAGAAUAUUUAUUCCAGGCCAAGGAUGAGGCAGAGAUGAGCUCGUGGUUGAGGGUGGUGAAUGCAGCCAUUGCCACUGUGUCCUCGGCCUCUGGAGAGCCUGAAGAGCCAGCGGUGCCCACUGCCACCCGGGGCAUGACCCGGGCCAUGACCAUGCCCCCAGUAUCACCGGUCGGGGCGGAGGGACCUGUCGUACUUCGCAGCAAGGAUGGCAGAGAACGAGAGCGAGAAAAGCGCUUCAGCUUCUUCAAGAAGAACAAGUAGUUGGGGGCGAGACUCCCAGGCCAGCUGCCUCCCUCUGUCCAGGAAACUGCCAGGGACCGUUGACAGGGACCACCCUCUUGUCAGGACAACUGCCUGCUGCUAGGGUCUGUUGCCAAGGUCAACCCAUCACCAGGAACUGUCUCUGGAGACAAGUCAGUGUCCCCAAGGGCAACCCUUCUCUUCUGCUAUUUAAUUCCAGACUGGUGGUGGGGCCCAGGCAACCCCCAAUUCCACUCUCCCCCUUCUUCCCUCCUCCCCUAGCCUUACGCCUCUAUCCCCACCACAGCACAGCACCCUCUCCAUAGGCCACGUGGGGAAUGGCUGCCCCUGCCUCGGGGUCAUUCUCCCGCCACAGCUAGGGCACGCCAUCCAGUCCUUGCCCCUGGGGACCAGCCAGGAACCUCUCAGAGCUGAAACAGGACCCGGGGGCAAGAUUGCCAGAUGACAGGUCAGAGACGCCGAAGCUCCCCCUUCCCAUCCUCCCUCAUCCUCUGACUCAAGCAGCCCCUCCAUCUCCAGCAACUCUCAACAGCUUCUGGGUGUGAGUUGUUCAGGGGCAACCACGGCCUUGAGUCUGGCCAAGGAGGUGAUUAAACAGCUCAGCUUCUC